CUUAGGCCCCCAUCGAGAGAAAACCCCGCAACAUUUAUUAAGAAUCUGGAACACUUCGGAAAUUAAACUAGGUAUUAUUAUUUUUUUUAAAAUCAAUUUUAAAACCCCCGAUGAAUAUAAAUGAAAGACUAAUGAUACAGUGCACAUUUCUUCUGAAGAAUCGCUUCUGAAGAAUCUUCAUAAGCGAGAAUUAAAACGAAGCAAUUUGUCCGAAAUCUGCACCUUUCAGAGAGUUUCACAUUUCGUUGAUUGUACACCACGAUAAGAAGCACUUUUAGUACCGCGGUGAACUGGAACCUAGAGAGAGAGAGAGAGAGAGCCUGGGAUCAAGAUUGUUUUCCGGUCUCCGUGACUACGAGGUGUUUUGGCAACCUGACGUCACGCACAACACAACAUUGAGCAGCCGCCAUAUUUGAGUCGUGCGAACAACACAUAGUGAAUUUGCGCAAAGUUUUGAUGCUGCGAUCAAAAUAUUCACUACAAAAAUUACUUUCUAUCAGACCUAGAGUCCUGUUAUGACUCUAGAAUUCGAAAAUCCUCCGUUCUUGUCUAACAUCGGUUUGAAUUCGUCGUACAACAAUGAGGCAGAUUUCACGGCGUUGGACAGAGUGACAUCGAAGAAAACUUCAGUAAUUUCUGCGACGAGGAAGGAAAGCCUCCUUGCCAGAGAAAAAUUAAAAGAAAAGCGAGAAAUGUCCGGCAGAUAUUCUGACGACUACGAUAGCUACGAGGAUGAUUUCGACGACGAAAGCCCCGCGAAGGAAUCUACCACUCGGAGAUCUUCGAGACGAGAAUCUCGAAUGUCUGAGAGGGUUCGAUCGACAUCGAGAUCACCAUCUGACUCGCCACCAAAAUACCGAUCGCGUUCUAAGAAGGCCUCUUCAAGGAGAGAUUCGCUCGCUUCAUACAGAAGUGCAUACGGGACAAACAGAGGUCCUGCCAAAAAUAAAACCAAGAAAAGUCAUUCAGCCAGUUCAAAGAUGACCACUAAAACUGUGGGUGGCGAGAGCUCAAUGAUGAGACGCGUUUUAUCAGCCAACAGGAACAAAGUUUCACGGCUGCACAACAUUGUGGAAGAAAUGCAGCAGGAAAUCGAAGAACUAAAGCACGAGAAUAAGUCUUUGAAAAGAGUUAGCCAUCGCCAAGAAAGGCAAAUUAAGAAAAUUGAUGAGGAGGAAGCAAGCUUACCAAUGUUGCUUCAAAGACACAGUGCUGAAAUGCACACUUUAAAAGAACGGCUGCGAAGAAAUCAGGAAAUUUUGCACAGGAAAGACAAAGAGUCCCGAGAUCGUGACCAUGAGAUUCAGAAAUUGCGUGACAAAGUUUCGAGUUACCGUGAACUAUCACAGGACAAAAAACUUGAGGAACGUGCGGCACUGGCGAAAAAGUUGGAGAAACUCCAAAACAACAUGGCUGAAAAGGACAAAAAGAUAACAGAUCUAGAAAAAUCAGUCACUUUAAAAGAGAAGGCAAGACAACGAGAGAUGAAGGACCAGAGAGAACGCUACAGACAAGCCAAGGAAGAGCUGAAAAGAGUGCAGGAGGAUUUUAGAUCGCUCCGCGAUCGACUCAAGGAAAAAGAAAGAGAAUUGGACGAAAAGAAUAUCUACCAUUACCACAUCACCCAGCACAAGAAGAAAGGCACAACUUUACCAGCCCUUCCGGCGGCCACUGCGGCUUCUCCUGCGCCCGCCAUCACAGCCCCCGCGAUUCACGUUAAAAAAUCGGCGGGCGCAAAGGAAGAGAAAAGAACAAACGUGUUCCUAACAAAUGCGCCGAGUGAUUCUGGCUCGGUCAUAACUGACGAAGGAAACGAUGUGGUUGUGAAAUCUGACACAUCUGGAGUUCAACAAGGACAACCCGCAGUCCCGGAGUCGGUGAGACGUGACAAGACGGAUGAUGAAGAUAGGCUGAGAAAGGAAGCGGAAGAGCGGAGGAGACGAGAGGAAGACGAGCGGCGAAGGCGUAUGGAAGAAGACGAAGAAAGAAAAAGGAGACAGGAGGAGGAGGAGGAGAGACGAAGGAGAGAGGAAGAACACGAAAGAAGAAAGCGAGAAGAGGAGGAACAGUUACAGAAACAACGAGAAGAACAAGAACGCGCAAGAAAGCAAAGAGAGGAAGAAGAAGAGGAAAAACGACUUGAAGAAGAAGCGGAAAUCAGACGCAAGAAGGAUUUGUUGUUGGCUCGCAUGCGUGCAAUUGAUACGGGUAGCGACAAAUCGAACGGUGUUAUACAAAAAAUAGGAGCUACAGCUCCACCUGCCGCCGAGGACAAACCUAAAAAGGUUCCGAUCUUCCUGCAAAGCGACAAACCUGCAAAAACGGAGGCACAGCCGGCCAAGCCUGCGGCGAAUGUGGCGGCUUCCGAAGAUGAUAUCUUCUCCGACGCGAGCGGUGGCAGAAAGAAAGUAAGCGCGGGCUCGAAACAGAGCCGAUACUCCUACGAUUUUAAACAGACUGUGGACAAUCUUCAUCAUGGGAUCCCUGCGCACGCGUCGCAGGAACCCGACGCCAAAGACUCUUUAUCGGAUGAUCUGAAUUUUGGUUCUUACAAACCUACGCUUGGCAGGAGAGCUGCCGCUAAAAGAGACGCCAAAGAUAAGGACGACUUGUCCUUCGGAAGUUAUAAUCCGUCUUUUGGUGCGAAAAAAGAAACGAACCGCAGAAACAGUGGUCUUGAUUUCGGCGCCGGGAAGAAAAAUAUCCCAGAAAAAGAACAAAACGGCGUGAUCUUCGGGGACUAUAAUCCCUCAUUUGGAGCUACGUCGAACAAGACUUCAACAAGCCAACCAAACGGAAAUGUUAUCAGUGCAAGGACUAGCCCCGCGCAAGGUCGAAGAGCUAAGGGUUUCACGGGUAAAGCAACCUCCUUAUUUGGCGAUGAUCUUUUCACGAACGAGGAGGUGAAACCAACAGGCAACCCUUUGUUCGGAGACAGUUCCGCUUUCAAUAAAGACAAAUCUAACUAUCCCUGGGAAAACAAAGUAAAUGUAGCACGAAAAUCCAGCCAACCACAAUCUCAAGAAGAUUCGUUGCUUCCUCGACGGAAACAUCUACAAAGCAUUGGAAAGAGCGCCGAGAAAAACGUUCGCGCCGUAGACAACGCGCUCGAUGACAUUGAUGACGAGAUCGAAGAGGUUAUUCUAUAAUGCGAAUUUUUUAAAUUCCGUAUAACUAUAUUAUAUAUAUUUGAGAGAUGCAAAAUUAUCCAUUUCGUGUACAAGAUCGUUAGAUUGUUUAUAAACAAAACAUAACUUUUGAAAAACAUCUUUACUUUGCUUUGCUUUUAUUUUCACAUCCAUUCGUUAAAUUCCAAUAUUUCAAAUCAGUCUUUAAAUGUCAUAGCAAUAAGUGACCUUGCGAUUCUUCAUUUUCAGUCAGGUUUCUAAAUAGUCAGUCGAGAAGAUCUUGUGCAUUGAUCGAUGAAGCAACGCACUCAAUAAAAUAUUUUUCAAAUCGUA